GUUCAGUCUAAUCCUGCCAGAGUUGCGCGAGUGCCUGGCCCUUUAAAUCUGUUAAAUUGUCUUAAAAUUAAUACCGCUAUCUUGAAAUUUCUUUCACAGCUGGGACCAUGUAUGCCAUUUGAAAACGGACUACUGUGACACAGAUUGGAACGACGUGGAAAUUCCCCAAAAAAUCCAGUUUCAGGUAAUAACGUGUGCUCUGGCGAGCUGUAUCUCUUGUCAUUUUCUUGCCUUUAUUUCCUGCUUUGGGUAAACCGUAGGCUAUAGCCUACAAUACGGGUUGAUUUCGGCCUUUGUUUUGCAUUGAGUUUGCAAAACAUUAGGGGAGCAAUUGAUACAUUAAAAAGCAAUGUGUUGAAUAGUGGUCAUCUUAAUAGCUAAUUACAUCUAUUUCAAGGCUUGCUGUUUUUCUCGCUGAAGCUUUUAUUGGUGAAAAUUCGGUGUUAUCGAAACGCGGCCUUUUACUGUCAAAUCACCGUCGGACGGAAAUAAACUAGCCUACUGUAGGCUAUAGGAUAAAAGGCUAUCUUCACGAAUAUAACGAAGCCUUAUUCAGAUAUGUAGAGUAGGAUGCCGGGAGUAUUAUAUAUAUAUAUAUAUAUAUAUAUAUAUAUAUAUAUAUAUAUAUAUAUAUAUAUAUAUAUAUUUUACAUUCAUCAAUUAUAGAUGACAUUCAGCCUUCAUUCGAGCGGCAACUUGUAGCAAGGCUGCCAAUUGCUUAAUUUCAUGCAUCUUUAGUCUUGAACAUGCAUGCCACCAUCAUUGAUUUUGUUUGGAGAUUAUAUAAAAUCUAAUAUAUUUCAAUAUUUAAUCUUGUCAAAGCAACACGUGUUCAAGAUUCUGUCAGAACACUGAGAACAGAUAACCUUCCAGUUCUGUGUGUUGUGGUGCUGUUACAAUGUAACAGUAUUUUAACAACAUUGUAACAGUAUUGUAACAAAGUUGGAACUUUCGUGUAUCUGCUAUCUCUCUAAUAGUAUACACAAUCCGCGUUAAAAUUACAGUAAUUGUUUUAAUAGUUAUAGUCUAGGCCUAUAACUAGCCCUGUGUUUGUUUUAGCUGUAAGCCUAUCAGUUAUUGUUAUACUUCUGAGUUUUAAGCAAUAUCCUGACAAGACAGGUUUAAUAAGUCCUCCAACAAGAUCAGUGAGGUACAGCUGUAGGACCUUAAUUUGAUCACCCUGUUGCAGGAGAACUUUCCUGCAAUGCAGGACAUUUAAAACUUGUAGUGUAUUUGAGGUUUUAAAAGGCUUCUGAAGUUUGUAAUUUCCACUUUGAAAUGUCAGACUUGAUUUUCCCUUACGAAAAAUGUAUCAACCCCUCCAAAAAUGUCCAUUAAUUAUAAUUCACAUAAUAAUUCACAUUUCCUUAUAAUUUUACUGCUGUACCAAACUAGCUCAAAUUAAGAUCCUACAUCUGUAGUGAAGUGUUGUAAAGAGUAAACAGCAUUACAACUGCUGUUAUCAUAGUAUGCAAACUUUGACCAGUAAUACUGUAGCUCUUUGUGCACAGGUAGGCUAUAGAAAAAACAUACUGGCCAAAUAUUUUCGUGGUCACAAUUAGAGUGGAUUUGUGAUAGGCCUAAGUGGCAAAUUAUUUAUUAGAGAACAUAUGAAGAUCAUGUUUGAUAUCCAUAUGCGUCUGUCAUAUACUGAAUGUAUUUAAUGUAUUUCCUUAUGUCUGCAGUUGACCAAUGUAAAUACUCAGCUUGUCCAGGAAAUAAUUUGGGAAGUAAAGUCACCUGAUAUUUCCGUCAUUCUCCAGAUGUUUCUGUGAACUGAACAAGUUGACACCUGGUGGGGCUGCCCUACCUCCUUUUGCUUUUACCCAAUGUUUAGGCCACCUCCACCUCUCUGCAGAGAUGUAUCACCCUAUUGGAGUUAGAAGAACAUAUACAUGUACACACGAUUUCAUCCCAAGAACAUGUGCACCUACACCCGCUCACACACAUUUCACAUUGACAUUUUAGUCAUUUAGCAGACGCUCUUAUCCAGAGCGACUUACAAUUAGUGAGUGCAUACAUUUUUCAUACUUUUUCAUAUUCUCCCAAGACAUUUCAUACUCACAUCACACUUUCAUCGCAUGACAUUACCAAAAUCUUCCACUCCAAACAUUAACAAUAUUUUUUUUUACAAACAUGGCUUUAGCCUAUUACAGGGGUUUUAACAUGAAAUAACACACAUAUCAGACCAAACCCAUGCAUUACACAUUAAUAAGUCCUAUUCAGCCAGCAAUAUCUAUUCAUCAGAGACAAUGUUACUUGGAAAAUCAAUCCAGUAUUCAAUAUAACGCUGGAUACAUUACACAAAUAUGAAACCAUGGUAAUCCCUAGGAUUAGGUUACAGACAAGUCUAACAUUGUGCCCUUCCCAGGAGAGGUCAAGUUAAUGGCCUUGUGACCGUAAGUGGACUCAUUUGGGUGAGACAAACAUCAGACACAAUAUUCCCAAUAAUAUUACAGUUCAAAGUUGUAACUAAAAGUGGGCGUGCUAAUUUCAGAUGCAAGUGUAACGGUAAAAAUAAAAAAUCCAUUACUGUUCGAGCGAUGUUGUUUAAAUGGAGCGGAUGUCAGGGAAGAUGCAGCGUGGUAGUAGUAUGUGAUAUGUGUGUGUGUGAGCGAGAGAGAGAUGCACAAUUGUGUGUGAUGUGUGCAUGGACGUAUUUAUUUAUUUCACGUUGAUUUGUGAAGGCAUUUAUGCGUGUGUGUUUGUGUGUGUGUGUCUCGGCAUUAGUUACAUUCGUGUUGAACAGGGUGGGCGGGCGGGCAGUGGCUGUCUUCACUGGGUAGAGUGGAGAGCCUCCCACCCAUGCCCAGGCUUAGGGCCUGCCUGCUGAGGUUGUGCCAAGCAGCACUGCCACACACUAAACAAUAGGGAGCCAGCGCAGAGCUCCCCUUUGUCAUCCCUGUCUCUGUGCCAUUCUCUGGGCCUCCCAGUCAACCACCACCACUAGAGGAAAGCUACUCGGCCAGUCUGUAUCCCACACACCACUAAAUAAGGGCAAUUCGAUUCAGAGAUGGCCUCAGAAGUGGUGGAAGGGGGCAGAAAUGUGUCAUUUGACCACCAACUUAAGUAGUUUACAAAAUGCGAGAACAAUUUAGAUUGAACCAUUAGGGUCUACUUUUAAAGUCUGUCGUUGUAGAAAUGUAGUACUGUCACAUUAUGGGGAUUGUUGUUUUACAUUUGCAUUAUUUUGCAUGUCAUAUGCGCAAAUAGGUUUAGUUAAGCUUUUGUGCAUAGUCUUCUGCCUAAUAGUUGAAAUGAAAUUAGCUUUUAUGUUGGCCAGUGAGACAUGUACACUAGUGUAUAGUGGAUUAUGUUUCUUAAAGGAGCAGAUAAGGCACCAGCAGCAGCACGUCACUGGUAAACUGACAUCAGGGGCUCUGCAGGUGUCAUGACGGAAACAUAAUUCCCAGCCAAAGGUAUUUCUUUCUCCACUGUCUUACUUUUGUCAGUGUGCUUCCUACCUUACGCCGAAAGGAUGCAUAUAUCUUUUUUGUAAUUCUGCAGUGGGAAUAGAAUGACAAACAGUCUCGAGCUAAGCCUUGAAUAGUGUAGCUUUUGAAUGAGGUUGUAAAAUGCAUAUGCAUUAUGUAGGCUAUAUGGAAGGAGUAUGCUGUUAUGUAAAUUAAGCAUAAAGAAUAAAGAUUAUUUAAAGCUGGGCAACCUGACCAAAUUCACAUAGAAAUGUGUGUUAGAUCUGUCAUUCUCACUGAAAGCAAGUCCAAGAAGCGGUAUAUCUUUUCUAUGUGCGCUAUUUCUAUGCUUCCCGUUCUUAAGUUUAGUUUUUAAGUUUAGUUCUUAAGUUUAGUUUUUGCGUCUUUUACUUUUGGUUUUGUACACCAGCUUCAAACAGCUGAAAAUACAAUAUUUUUGGUUCUGGAAAAUAUAUUUCGCAGUGGUACAGUGGUACAGUGAUACAGUGAUUCUCUACACUAUACUUGCUUGUUGUGUCACAUAAACUGAAAUUAGGCGAACUAUUAGAAUUUUAGCAACCAGGAAAUGGCGGUGAGAUUUCUGCAUAGUGCAGAACAUGGUUUAACAUGGUUAUUAGCGCAAAGGCCAUUAACGCUUAGUUAUUAAUGCUUAUUUAACACUUAUUUGUUAACCCUAUUUCAUAAAGCAUCAUACAUCCAUGGCCAUUCAAUAAACAGAAAUACCAGCUGCUAUGAAUGCUUUGACGAGAGUUAUUAAAUGUGUAGCAAAUAUUUCUUCCAAUGUGGGAAAAUAAAUACAUUUUACAGGCCUGCUACCAUAGCUGCUAAUUAUAGAAAUGGAACUAAAACGUUAAUCCAGGGCUGCAUUCUGGACAGCAUGCUGCAAAAUGUCCUGGAAAAUGAGGGGGGCCCGGCGCUCCCAACAUUUCUGAAGAGUGUGUAAGUGCUCCGUGACCCACAUUCAGGCUCCCCUAGGUAAAGGAAGAGAUGACACACACACAGCCUAGUGUGUGUGUGUGUAUGUAUGUGUGCGUGCGAGCGUGGGUGUGUGUAUAAACCCAAUUCACUCAAUAGAGCUACAGUACAGUUACAGUACAGUUACACCCCUCAUUUGCACGUCAAAUUAUAUUCAAACAGAAUCAAUGGCAGGGCAGGGAGCUAAAACAGCACAAUGCAAAACACCCCCCCUGAUUGAGUGGAAAAGGUCAGCGACUCAGAGCCUUGUGCGUCUAAAUGGCCUUUUGAACCAGACUGGAGGUGAUUGGUGCCUGUGUCUGGGUACAGGCCGGCGCCCCUUGACUCAGGCCAAAGCAGCCCCAUCCACAGGAUGUCCGUGUUUGUUACAGCCCAGGGAAGUGCUCCUCUGAAAGUGUGUCUGUCCGUCUGACUGACUGUCUGUCUGUCUGUCUGUGUUUUGCAGGUGUCAGCUGGUCUGUGUGUUUUUUACAAACCCAGUAUUCCAAGUGGAGCGUGGCCUGAACACAUCACAGAGGGACAAUGAGUGAGCUGGAACAGUUACGGCAGGAAGCGGAGCAACUACGCAAUCAAAUCCGGGUAUGGGGCGUGUGUGAGUGUGUGUGUCUGGAUUGAAUCCUUGACUCAAGAAAUCUGAACAGUAAAGUUUCAGAUGAGCAGUUGAUAGCAUUCCUUGGCAUGAUAUAUCAUUUUGUUGUUGUGUUACAGGAUGCCAGGAAAGCCUGUAGUGACUCCACUCUUUCGCAGGUAAGGGAUUCAACAAGUUAAGAUUACACAUUUACUUACAGUACAUAGAAAUGCCGGUUAUACCUUGGAUCAAGCUAUCAUGUGUGCUUGAUAUAAAAUACAGCCAAACAUUGUCUACAUAAGCAUGACCCCUUAGGCUCUUUCCAAUCACAACCAGUUAGCAGGUUUGCAGGAUAAGAUUUGAAGAAAUACAUUCUUGUUACACUUGAAUUUGAGCCUCUUUUGACAAUCUGAAAUCUCAAGGUCUUUGUUAUCUUACCAUGUACCAUGUAUCAGGGUGACUGAUUGGAUAGGGUCCACUACACUAAGACACAAAUAGCUAUGAAACAAACAUACAGUGCAUUCGGAAAGUAUUCAGAUCCCUUGACUUUUUCCACAUUUUGUUACGUUACAGCCUUAUUCUAAAAUGGAUUAAAUAGUUUUUUCCCCCUCAUCAAUCUAUACACAAUACCCCAUAAUGACAAAGCCAGAACAGGUUUUUAGAAAAUGUUCCACUUUUAUUAAGAAUAAAAAACAGAAAUAUCACAUUUACAUAAGUAUUCAGACCCUAUACUCAGUACUUUGUUGAAGCACCUUUGGCAGCGAUUACAGCCUUGAGUCUUCUUGGGUAUGACGCUACAAGCUUGGCACAACUGUAUUUGGGGAGUUUCUCCCAUUUUUCUCUGCAGAUACUCUCAAGCUCUGUCAGGUUGGAUGGGGAGCGUCGCUGCACAGCUAUUUUAAGGUCUCUCCAGAGAUGUUCAUUCUGGUUGAAGUCCGGGCUCUGGCUGGGCCACUCAAGGACAUUCAGAGACUUGUCCCGAAGCCACUCCUGCAUUGUCUUGGCUGUGUGCUUAGGGUCGUUGUCCUGUUGGAAGGUGAACCUUCACCCCAGGCUGAGGUCCUGAGCGCUCUGGAGCAGGUUUUCAUCAAGGAUAUCUCUGUACUAUGCGCCAUUCAUCUUUCCCUUGAUCCUGACUAGUCUUCCAGUCCCUGCCGCUGAAAAACAUCCCGACAGCAUGAUGCUGCCACUACCAUGCUUCACCGUAGGGAUGGUGCCAGGUUUCCUCCAGAUGUAACGCUUGGCAUUCAGGCUAAAGAGUUCAAUCUUGGUUUCAUCAGACCAAAGAAUCUUGUUUCUCAUGGUCUUAGAGUCAUUUAGGUGCCUUUUGGCAAACUCCAAGCGGGCUGUCAUGUGCCUUUUACUGAGGAGUGGCUUCCGUCUGGCCACUCUAUCAUAAAGGCCUGAUUGGUGGAGUGCUGCAGAGAUGGUUGUCCUUCUGGAAGGUUCUCCCAUCUCCACAGAGUAACUCUGGAGCUCUGUCAGAGUGACCAUUGGGUUCUUCGUCACCUCCCUGACCAAGGCCCUUCUCCCCCGAUUGUUCAUUUUGGCCGGGCGGCCAGCUCUAGGAAGAGUCUUGGUGGUUCUAAACUUCUUCCAUUUAAGAAUGAUGAAGGCCACUGUGUUCUUGGGGACCUUCAAUGCUGCAGAAAUGUUUUGGUACCCUUCCCCAGAUCUGUGCCUCUACACAAUCUGGUCGCGGAGCUCUACUGACAAUUCCUUCGACCUCAUGGCUUGUUUUUUGCUCUGACAUGCACUGUCAACUGUGGGACCUUAUAUACAUUUGAAGUCGGAAGUUUACAUACACCUUAGCAAAAUACAUUUAAACUCAGUUUUUCACAAUUCCUGACAUUUAAUGCUAGUAAAAGUUCCCUGUCUUUGGUCAGUUAGGAUCACCACUUUAUUUUAAGAAUGUGAAAUGUCAGAAUAAUAGUAGAGAGAAUGAUUUAUUUCAGCACAUUCCCAGUGGGUCAGAAGUUUACAUACACUCAAUUGCCUUUUAAAUUGUUUAACUUGGGUCAAACGUUUCGGGUAGCCUUCCACAAGCUUCCCACAAUAAGUUGGGUGAAUUUUGGCCCAUUCCUACUGACAGAGCUGGUGUAACUGAGUCAGGUUUGUAGGCCUCCUUGCUCGCACACGCUUUUUUAGUUCUGCCCACAAAUUGUCUAUAGGAUUGAGGUCAGGGCUUUGUGAUGGCCACUCAAAUACCUUGACGUUGUUGUCCUUAAGCCAUUUUGCCACAACUUUGGAAGUAUGCUUGGGGUCAUUGUCCAUUUGGAAGACCCAUUUGCGACCAAGCUUUAACUUCCUGACUGAUGUCUUGAGAUGUUGCUUCAAUAUAUCCACAUAAUUUUCCUUCCUCAUGAUGCCAUCUAUUUUGUGAAGUGCACUAGUCCCUCCUGCAGCAAAGCACCCCCACAGCAUGAUGCUGCCACCCCCGUGCUUCACUGUGGGAUGGUGUUCUUCGGCUUGCAAGCUUCCCCUUUUUCCUCCAAACAUAACGAUGGUCAUUAUGGCCAAACAGUUCUAUUUUUGUUUCAUCAGACCAGAGGACAUUUCUCCAAAAAGUACGAUCUUUGUCCCCAUGUGCAGUUGCAAACCAUAGUCUGGCUUUUUUAUGGCGGUUUUGGAGCAGUGGCUUCUUCCUUGCUGAGCGGCCUUUCAGGUUAUGCCGAUAUAGGACUUGUUUUACUGUGGAUAUAGAUACUUUUGUACCUGUUUCCUCCAGCAUCUUCACAAGGUCCUUUGCUGUUGUUCUAGGAUUGAUUUGCACUUUUCGCACCAAAGUACAUUCAUCUCUAGGAGACAGAACGUGUCUCCUUCCUGAGCGGUAUGAUGGCUGCGUGGUCCCAUGGUGUUUAUACUUGCGUACUAUUGUUUGUACAGAUGAACGUGGUACCUUCAGGUGUUUGGAAAUUGCUCCCAAGGAUGAACCAGACUUGUGGUGGUCUACAAUGUUUUUUCGGAGGUCUAGGCUGAUUUCUUUUGAUUUUCCCAUGAUGUCAAGCAAAGAGGCACUGAGUUUGAAGGUAGGCCUUGAAAUACAUCCACAGGUACAGUGAGGGAAAAAAGUAUUUGAUCCCCUGCUGAUUUUGUACGUUUGCCCACUGACAAAGAAAUGAUCAGUCUAUAAUUUUGAUGGUAGGUUUAUUUGGACAGUGAGAGACAGAAUAACAAACAAAAAUCCAGAAAAACGCAUGUCAAAAAUGUUAUAAAUUGAUUUGCAUUUUAAUGAGGGAAAUAAGUAUUUGACCGCUCUGCAAAACAUGACUUAGUACUUGGUGGCAAAACCCUCGUUGGAAAUCACAGAGGUCAGACGUUUCUUGUAGUUGGCCACCAGGUUUGCACACAUCUCAGGAGGGAUUUUGUCCCACUCUUUGCAGAUCUUCUCCAAGUCAUUAAGGUUUCGAGCCUGAUGUUUAGCAACUCAAACCUUCAGCUCCCUCCACAUAUUUUCUAUGGGAUUUAAGGUCUGGAGACUGGCUAGGCCACUCCAGGACCUUAAUGUGCUUCUUCGUGAGCCACUCCUUUGUUGCCUUGGCCAUGUGUUUUGGGUCAUUGUCAUGCUGGAAUACCCAUCCACGACCCAUUUUCAAUGCCCUGGCUGAGGGAAGGAGGUUCUCACCUAAGAUUUGACGGUACAUGGCCCCGUCCAUUGCCCCUUUGAUGCGGUGAAGUUGUCCUGUCCCCUUAGCAGAAAAACACCCCCAAAGCAUAAUGUUUCCACCUGCAUGUUUGACGGUGGGGAUGUUGUUCUUGGGGUCAUAGGCAGCAUUCCUCCUCCUCCUCCAAACACGGCGAGUUGAGUUGAUGCCAAAGAGCUCCAUUUUGGUCUCAUCUGACCACAACACUUUCACCCAGUUCUCCUCUGAAUCAUUCAGAUGUUCAUUGGCAAACUUCAGACGGGCCUGUAUAUGUGCUUUCUUGAGCAGGGGGACCUUGCGGGCGCUGCAGGAUUUCAGUCUUUCACGGCGUAGUGUGUUACCAAUUGUUUUCUUGGUGACUAUGGUCCCAGCUGCCUUGAGAUCAUUGACAAGAUCCUCCCGUGUAGUUCUGGGCUGAUUCCUCACCGUUCUCAUGAUCAUUGCAACUCCACGAGGUGAGAUCUUGCAUGGAGUCCCAGGCCAAGGGAGAUUGACAGUUCUUUUGUGUUUCUUCCAUUUGCGAAUAAUCGCACCAACUGUUGUCACCUUCUCACCAAGCUGCUUGGCGAUGGUCUUGUAGCCCAUUCCAGCCUUGUGUAGGUCUACAAUCUUGUCCCUGACAUCCUUGGAGAGCUCUUUGGUCUUGGCCAUGGUGGAGAGUUUGGAAUCUGAUUGAUUGAUUGCUUCUUUGGACAGGUGUCUUUUAUACAGGUAACAAGCUGAGAUUAGGAGCACUCCCUUUAAGAGUGUGCUCCUAAUCUCAGCUCGUUACCUGUAUAAAAGACACCUGGGAGCCAUAAAUCUUUCUGAUUGAGAGGGGGUCAAAUACUUAUUUCCCUCAUUAAAAUGCAAAUCAAUUUAUAACAUUUUUGACAUGCGUUUUUCUGGAUUUUUUUGUUGUUAUUCUGUCUCUCACUGUUCAAAUAAACCUACCAUUAAAAUUAUAGACUGAUCAUUUCUUUGUCAGUGGGCAAACGUACAAAAUCAGCAGGGGAUCAAAUACUUUUUUCCCUCACUGUACACCUCCAAUUGACUCAAAUGAUGUCAAUUAGCCUAUCAGAACCUUCUAAAGCCAUGACAUCAUUUUCUGGAAUUUUCCAAGCUGUUUAAAGGCACAGUCAACUUAGGUUAUGUAAACUUAUGACCCUCUGGAAUUGUUAUACAGUGAAUUAUAAGUGAAAUAAUAUGUCUGUAAACAAUUGUUGGAAAAAUUACUUGUGUCAUGCACAAAGUAGAUGUCCUAACCGACUUGCCAAAACUAUAGUUUGUUAACAAGAAAUUUGUGGAGUGGUUGAAAAACAAGGUUUAAUGACUCCAACCUAAGUGUAUGUAAACUUCCGACUUCAACUGUAGAUAGGUGUGUGCCUUUCCAAAUCAUGUCCAAUCAAUUGAAUUUACCACAGGUGGGCUCCAAUCAAAUUGUAGAAACAUCUCAAGGAUGAAAAAUGGAAACAGGAUGCACCUGAGCUCAAUUUCAAAAAACUUGUUUUCACUUUGACAUUAUGGGGCAUUGUGUGUAGAUUGAUGAGGAAACAAAAUAGUUUAAUCAAUUUUAGAAUCAGGCUGUAACGUAACAAAAUGUGGAAAAAGUCAAGGGUCUGAAUACUUUCCGAAUGCACUAUAGGUAUAAAGCAAAUAGCCUAGCAAUUAGUCUAUGAAACUAACAUUUACAUAUUUGGGCUAGCAUGAAGUUUAUGAAUGACUGUGCUGGGUUAUGCUGAUGAUGUUUCCUUUGGGCCUGUUAUAUUGGCAGAUCACAGCUGGUCUGGACUCAGUGGGCCGGAUACAGAUGAGAACGCGGCGCACUCUCAGGGGCCAUCUCGCCAAGAUCUAUGCAAUGCACUGGGGCACUGACUCCAGGUCUGACAAUACUACUGCUAAUACUACUACUACUGCAAUACUACUACUGCAAUACUUCUACUGCUACUAUGCUUCUACUGCUAAUAUACUUCUACUACUGCUGUUGUUAUUUUAUCCCCCUUGAUUCUAAAUUGUUUUUUAUUGUCUUUUUAUUGUUGCAUAAGUCCUAUGAGGUAACUCUAAUGAAAAGCACUAUACAAAUUAAAUGUAUUAUUAUUAGUACUACUACUAGUUAGUACCACUACUACUAGUACUACUGCUACUAUCCUACUAAUAUACUACUACUACUACCACAACUGCUGCAAUACUACACUACUGCUACUACUACUACUACUACUAAUCCUCCAUAUUCUUCAGCACUGGCUGCUUGUGUCCUGUGGGUUUUGGACAGAAACAUUGUCCCAAACCAAAGCCAUUAACUUUUAAAUUACAAAAAAAGUAAAAGAAAAGUUUGAUAGACUGUUAGAAAUAGAUUUAACCCAUAGCUAGCUAUGUGCUACUAGUUCAAUACUACGCCACAUAGGGCAGAGGCACAUUUUUACCAGUCACUGUACUGUUGCCAGUCACACUAGUACAGUUGGACCGACUGAUUUCCAAUUGAGGCUCGAUUUAUAUGUGAGCCAUUGGAUUACAAGUAUGUAUGCUUACCAGCUCAUUCUUACUGCUCCCAAAUACUUCUGAGUGUGCGUCUGCACUCUGGGUGAACCACCUGGAGGACAAACAGCCUGUGUUUAUUUUAUAUACAGCAGUUGACAUUUCAGCGGCACAGCUCUCCCUUUAUUGUGUGCUUGGCUCGCUACAGAUGGGUGCCAACCCACUUCCUAUCACUGGAGAGACGGAAACACAAGCAGUUGGUGGCAGGGGGAUGGGGGGUGGGGUAGGCUCUCUUCCUAUCUCUCUCCCUCUCUCUUUCCUUCAUUCUCUCUAUCACCUCCCCUCUCUAUUCUCCCUCCCCUUCUCUCCACCUUUAUCUUGCUCUCUAUCCCCUCUAUCCUUCUCUCGUUCUCUCUCCCUCUGUCUCUCCCUGCCCCCCUCUCGACUGUAGAGCCUUUCAGAUGACUGAGGCAAUGAAUAUUACAUGAAAUGGCUCAUCCAAAGUGGUCGCUAUCCUGGACGGUUCACACUGCGAUCCUGGCAUGUGGGGUGUCCCACCAGAGAGAGAGAGAGAGGGAGGGAGGGAGGGAGGGAGAGGGAGGGAAGGAGGGAGGGAGGGAGGAAGAGAAAGAGGGAGGGAGAGGGCUCUGGAGUUCACACCACAUUUAAACUGCUUUGGAAGCAGCAGCUUUUCUGGCUACAUUAGUUAUGCAUGCAUUAGGUAUGCUCUAACUAGCUCCAUGGCUUUUUUUGUUCCUGUGAAUGUAUGCUAGUGUGCUGUGCUGACAGGUCAAUAUAUUGAAACCAUACUCUUUUUUUACUGGCGUCUAGGUUACUUGUAAGCGCCUCCCAGGAUGGCAAAUUGAUCAUUUGGGACAGCUACACAACAAACAAGGUGAGACCUACAAUAAACUACACCUGUGUAACCGCUCUCAAAUAACAUCAAAGACAAACAAGCACCAGUAAAGUAUCCUCUAUAUCUCCCCUCACACUGUAGCAAACAGUGCCAUCCUCGUUGUCCUUGGUUCUCCUCUGCAUACUGUAUCACAUUCCACUCCCCUGGGUGAUUGAGCGAAGCACAGUUGGGGUCAAAACAAUUACCAUUUAGGUUAUAUCAGGAAGUGAAUUCGCCUGAAAAUAAUUUCCUUUUAUUUUCUACCAGGAUAUUUCUAUUCCCGAAUUGAAUGUCAAUUCACUUCAGGAAGGUUCCUAACAUAAGAUCUGCACGCGUAACUUGGACUUGGGAAGCCAAAAUACAGGUUAUGCGUUCAGAUCUCAAGUUAGGAUUUGGUCCUUCCUUUCAAGUCUUAACACUUAUGAAUUUUGAUUGCAACCCUGGAGGUAACAGACGCUGAUCAUGUGUGUGUGUUCCGUAGAUGCAUGCCAUCCCGCUGCGCUCCUCCUGGGUGAUGACCUGUGCAUACGCGCCCUCUGGGAACUACGUGGCGUGCGGAGGUUUGGACAACAUCUGCUCCAUCUACAGCCUGAAGACCCGCGAGGGCAACGUGCGUGUCACCCGCGAGCUGCCCGGACACACAGGUACACACUGGAGAAGGCUCUUUUUAAGAGGCGGAAUACCGCAGUUUUAGAAAGGAAAUAGCACAAUUUCACCUCAUCGACUUCUUUGAUUGGUUUAAACCAAGAUAACCUUAUUUCAUUCCUCCCCUCUGCCCUCAUUCAAUAUCCCCUGCAGAUCUGGGCCCGUUUCAUAAAGCAUCUCAGAGUAGGAGUGCUGAUCUAGGAUCAGUUCCACCCAUAAUUAAUAUAAUCUUAUUCAUUAUGAUCUAAAAGGAAAAACGGAUCUUAGAUCAGCACUCCUUCUCUGAGAUACUUUAUGAAUACGGGUGAGACUAGUUCUUCUCCAUAUUGUUUACACCUGUCCAAUACUGUCAGAUCUGUGAAGGUGGGGUGAACAAGGGCAGUGGAUGCACUGAGGACCACAGUGAUGGCUUGUUAUGGUAUUGAUGUGAAUAGUGUGGAUUAAGCCCGUAUGGUUAUUUUCAACCUCUAUUUUUCAGGCUAUUUGUCUUGCUGUCGUUUCCUGGAUGACAACCAGAUUGUGACUAGUUCCGGGGACACCACCUGGUGAGUUUGUUGAUCUAGUGUGGGAGGAAUGCUUAUUUGGGGAACACAACUUGUGUCUAGAUGAUAUCCUUUGUCCAAUAGCUGUGCAUCCACCGCUCUUAUAAGGCUUUGUCUUGGUUUUGUUCUGGGUCUGGUGCUAUAAUGGCCUUCUCUAAGCCAGCUCCUGUGAAUACUACUCACACAGACUAUUAGGGUUGGGCGAUAAUACGAUAGCAGCGUCUAUCGACGAUGGUGACGACAUCGUGAUGUGACCGACAAUGGUUUAGCCUAUUUGAACUUGACUGCCGCCACGCAGUAAAGAGUGGAUUCUCCAGCACACAGCAGGGCAGCACACAAGUGACAUUCUGAGUAAUUUGCCUAUUCCUAUUUGCUAUAGCCUAUUUCAAUAAAUAUGUUGUAUACAGAACGCAAGAGAGGAAUGCAAGGUAAACAGAGCAGAGAAUUCCACCAAAACAGCACAAAAUGUCCAAUAUUCUCUCUCUCUCUCUCUCUCUGUCAGAUGCAUCGGCUUUUAGUCUGUAGCCUGAACCUAUUCAUUUAAAAGAAAAUAACAAACACUCCUUAACUAUCUUGUGUUUAGCUGUUUUAAAAUAACGUAGCCUAUAUUCCCUUCUCUCUUCAUUCGAUAGGCUAUGAAUAUGACAGAAGGCUAUGCUUCAUCAUUUUAUGAAUGGCUUUCUCCCGAUCAAACAAUGAAUGUAACUGCAUUCCAUCUCAAAAAGUUAUUUGAGUAGCCUAAAAACAUAAGGUAGCCAGGGGACUAAUAAUGAGAGAGAACAAACAAUAUCAAUAGCCUAUAGAAAAAUCGAAUGACAAGUUUAAUCAAGUUUAAGUUUAUUAAGAAAUAUAUUAUCCAUGCGGGCUGGGAAAAUCCCUCCAAACUAGAUAAAAAAAACAAAUGGCCAAUAACCUAUCCUCAUUCCUCUUACUGGCAUAUCGUAAAAGCUUUAAGGCAAGUUCAAGUUAUGAACAGCAGCUUAUUUCCCAAAUAUUCUAGCCUACAAAGGUGUUGUCCUAAAGUUGUGGCUUUCAAAAAUAACAAGAAUGAAAGUCUAUAGCCUAUGCCUAGGCAUUUAUGAUAGAUAGAACAAACAAUAUGAUUUAUUUUCUAUUAUUUUAUGAGGCAAAUAAAGCAAUUAUUAUCCAGUUUUGAAGACUGUAGACUGUUUCUAUCCAGCCAAUGAGGUCACUACGGUAAGACAGCCCGUUCCUCAGACAGUCACUGCUCCAUCACAGCGCGCCACACAGACACACACACAAACCUGCUCCAUGCUGAAGCUCCUCCACCAGAAAGGAAUAUUAGGAAAAUAUUUGCCUGUACUUAGCCUCUCCCCAGGCUUUCAACAACAUUAUCUUUCAUCAUUAUCUGUCCAGUUGCAUUCGAUUUCACGCUAUAGCCCAACUGUAGUUUUAGCGGAUUUCUUAAAACUUAUUUUCAAUAAAAAACGAAAGAUCAUUGGGUUGGCCAAUAGGGGGCGAUAGCAUCGUAUAUCACAAUGUUUUAUGGGUACAUAAUCACGAUAGGACAAAGGUUGACAUCGCCCAACCCUACAGACUACACUGACACACACACACACACACACACACAGAGAGGAGAACCCAGUGCACCUCCCCAUUCAUCAUCAAUUACAUUUCAAGUCUUAACAUUUCCACUGUAUCCCCAUACCCCCCCCCCUUCACUCUCAGCGCUUUAUGGGACAUCGAGACUGGCCAGAUGGCCACCAGCUUCACGGGCCACACAGGGGAUGUGAUGAGCCUGUCCCUCAGCCCUGACUUCAAGACUUUUGUGUCUGGGGCCUGUGACGCUUCCUCCAAGCUGUGGGACGUCCGGGACGGCAUGUGCAGGCAGUCCUUCACCGGCCACGUGUCCGACAUCAACGCCGUCUGCGUGAGUAGGAGGCACAGGCGUUAUAUGUAGCGUUUUGAUAUGAAGAACCUUACAUUGUAGGACGGUACUGUAAAGCAGACAAACAUCUGUUACCAGACCGGUUACCAAACAAGAUAUCACAAAUAUUUGUUUGGUACAUAUUCACUUUCUUUGCUAACUAAUACUGCAAGAAUUUGAUACAGAUUUGUCUGACAAUGUAAUCUUAAUCCUAAAAAGAGAACCUGAAGAUGGAUUGUAGGAUCCAAGGAAACGUUCACUAAGUAUACCAAACAUUAGGAACACCUUCCUAAUAUUGAGUUGCACCCCCCCCCCACCACCCCCCUCCCCCCCAGAGCCUCAAUUCGUCGGGGCAUGGACUCUAAAAGGUGUCAAAAGCAUUCCACAGGGAUGCUGGCCCAUGUUGACUCCAAUGCUUCCCACAGUUGUGUCAUGUUGGCUGGAUGUCCUUUGGGUGGUGGACCAUUCUUGAUACACACGGAAAACUGUUCAGCGUGAAAAAUCCAGCAGUGUUGCAGCUUGACAAAAACAGGUACGCCUUGCUCCUACUACCAUACCCCCCUGAGCAAGGCAGUUAAUGUCGAUUAAGGCAGCCCCCCGCACCUCUCUGAUUCAGAGGGGUUGGGUUAAAUGCGGAAGACACAUUUCAGUUGAAUGCAUUCAGUUGUACAACUGCCUAGGUAUCCCCUUUUCGCUUUCCCUUUCAAAGGCACUUAAAUCUUUUGUCUUGCCCAUUCACCCUCUGAAUGGCAAACAUAUACAAUCCAUGUCUCAAUUGUCUUCUUUAACCUGUCUCCUCCCCUUCAUCUACACUGAUUGAAGUGGUUUUAACAAGUGACAUCAAUAAGGGAUUAUAGGUUUCACCUGGUCAGUCUAUGUCAUGGAAAGAGCAGGUGUUCUUAAUGUUUUGUAUACUCAGUGUGUAUUUACUGUUUGGGGUAUCUGUACUCGCUCGACCCUGUCGUGUUAAGGCGUCCGCAUGCUUCCCAGCCGAAACAGUUCGGUAGAGUUUGUGCAUAUAUUAUGAUGACAUUUCGUGACGUUUUUGUUCGUUUUGGACUUGGGUGAGGUUUUUUUCGGCUGUUCGGGCACACAGCAUUUUGUUCUGGAGGCAAGCAGAAGUUCGGCGUUGAAGUCUACGCCCCUUCGUUGAUGAUUGGUCAACAGUAGGGAUUCUUCAAUAAAGUAUUUGUUGUCAUUCAACGAGAGACGACUUGUUUUAAUGCACAUUAUUUCAUUGAAAAACACUGCACCAAACAAAUUGCGCGACUAAGACCUCUUCGGCAAAAACGUCAAAAUUAAUGACCGAUUUCUUGAGUUUUCUUAGAUUCAUUUUGACUAUUUUGAGGAAGAGUAUACUGGCUACGGCGUCUGAAAAUGGACAAACAGUACUAUUGCCGCUUUUUUGCAGUUUUUCAAGCAAAGGUCUUUUAAGGGAGUAUGUGAGCACACUUGUUCGUUUCGGCUAGCCGAGUUCGCUAGGCGCCAGCCGAACUGAACCAUGCUGACGCCUUUAAAGUGGAACAUCAUAGAAUCUUCCAAAGACGAAAUGUACCUUUAGUAUCAUGAUACAGUAACACAAAUUAUUACAAAACAUAAUGUCAUACACAUUAGAUAAAACAGUGAGUAUGACACAAUACACUAUAACAAAAAUAACUUAAUUCACUAUACCUAACCCAUUCUCUCUGUCUGUGUGGUGCAGUUCUUCCCCAACGGCAACGCCUUUACCACGGGCUCGGAUGACGCCACCUGCCGCCUGUUCGACCUGCGUGCUGACCAAGAGCUGAUGAUGUACUCGCACGACAACAUCAUCUGCGGCAUCACCUCGGUGGCCUUCUCCAAGAGCGGCCGCCUGCUGCUGGCCGGCUACGACGACUUCAACUGCAACGUGUGGGACACCCUCAAGGCCGAGCGCGCAGGUACAGUGGAGGGGGAGCUGAGGGAACUAGUCCACGAAUUAAAAUCCUUUCUAAUUCCAAUCCCUUUUUUAAAUGCAACCUUUUCUUGUUUCCUCCCUUGAGGUUAGAGGAAGGGACAUAAUGCGUCUUUUUGUGCUAGGCGCUCAUUUGGCAGUCACACUUAUCGACAGCAACUUACAGUCAGUACAUACAGUAGUUGGUGUAACACUGGCUGUACAAUGACUCACAAUGACUCCUAAUCACCCUUAUAUUGUUUCUCUUUCCCUCUCCCCCCACUCUCUUUCUAGGUGUCCUGGCCGGUCACGACAACAGGGUGAGCUGUUUAGGCGUGACAGACGACGGCAUGGCCGUAGCUACGGGCUCAUGGGACAGUUUCCUCCGAAUCUGGAACUAA